AUGAUUCCUGCGCUGUGGCCUAAGACUUGGACUCAUAUUGGCCGUGCUUUGGCCUCUUCCGGCAUGCAGGAGAAAGAGCGUCAGUUGGAUGAAGGUGUUGCAUUACAGGGCGGCAUGAACCUGCAGGUGCACGAUUAUCAAUCCUCUAAUAGGAUCUUUAGCAAUACUUUCAUUGCUGCGACGAUCCUCGAAUUGCAUGAUCUGGAUUGGAUACGCUUAACUGGUUUCUGCAUUGUGAAAUCCUCUAACAGGAUCUUUAGCAAUACUUUCAUUGCCGCGACGAUCCUCGAAUUGCAUGAUCUGGAUUGGAUCCGCUUAACUGGUUUCUGCAUUGUGAAAUUUCUCUGCCACCGACACAAUGCAAGCACAGUCGGUGGUGUCUUUGAUGUCACCCAACGCUAUUGUUCAUCAUCUGCUUUUCUCAGUAGCCAUGUUUCACAUUCGCAUAUCAUGCCUUUUACAAAGAGUGAAGCAUAA